AUGGCCGCCAGGGCCGCUCGGCGCAGAGCGAUGGGCUCGUUCCGCUCCUGCCACACCGUCCUGCCCGGCCGCGGCGCCGAGCUGAGCGCAGGGCGGCUGCUGCGCUGGAUGGACGCCACCGCCUGCCUCGCAGGUACCGCGGGCACCGGGGCGGGCGUCACGGGGCUCCGUGCCCGGCCUCGGGAUGGACUGGGGUUUGUCUGCCGGUUAUGGGAUGUCCCGGUGACUCCUGGUGUAGGGACAUCCCGGUGUUUGCCGGUUAGGGGAUGUGCUUGUGUUUAUUUUCCUUUUACAGGACAUCCCAGUGUUUGUUUGCCGGUGCCAGGACACCCCGGUGUCUCCUGGUGGCGAGGCAUCAUGGUGUUUGUUUCCCAGUUUCAGGUCAUCCCGGUGUUUGUUGGUUUCAUGACAUCCCGUGGUGACCUCAGCCUCUUAGUCAUUACUAACCUCUUCCCUCUCAUCACAGUUUGCUGUGGUCAUGCUGAGAAACAUGCUGGUGUGUCUUGUGUGACAGCAUCUAUGGAUGACAUACAGUUUGAAGAGGCUGCCAGGGUUGGUCAGAUUAUUACCAUCAAAGCAAAGGUGAACAGAGCGUUCAAAACCAGCACGGAGGUUGGCAUCAAGAUUACGGUGUGGGAUGUUUUGACUAAUGUUGAAAAAAUUGUGAGUCUGGCGUAUGCAACACAUGUAGCCAAACCAGCUGGUGCUGGAGAGAUUCAAUUAGAACCUGUAGAGCUUUUGUCUGCAGAAGACGACCUGGAGCACACUCCGGCUAUUGAGAGAAGAAGAAUCCGACUGGGCUAUGAACAGGUCUUUCAAAACCUAAUGCAGGAGAGUAAUAAGGAAGAUACGUUUGAAGAGGAAGAUGCAGUUUCAACUGACCUUACUCAUGUACAGAGUGUUGAGCUUGUCCAGCCUGCCCAUGCAAACCAUGACGGAAACACUUCUGGUGGCCAGGUCAUGGCUUGGAUGGAGGCAGUAGCAAGUAUUUCAGCAAGCCGCCUUUGUCAUUCAUAUCCAAUAUUGAAAUCAGUCAAUAUGUUUAAAUUCUGGGGACCAUCUGUCGUGGGUGACCGCCUUGUCUUCAAUGCAAUUGUGAACAAUACAUUUCAGAAUAGUGUGGAGGUUGGUGUCCGUGUUGAGGCUUAUAACUGUGAAGAAUGGAUCAAGGACCAAGCACGGUAUAUUAACAGCGCAUUUCUCAUUUUUACCGCUGUAAAUGACAACGGAGAGCUGCUCACCUUCCCCAGAAUCAAGCCUACUACAAAGGAUGGUAUGAGACUAUACCAGGGAGCUAUUGCCACAAGGAGAAUUCGACUAGCCAGAAAAUGCAUGGUGUCUGCUAAAGAAGACAAACCUUCUGAUCUCUGGGAGAGAAGCAACCAGGCAUAUAUGAGUUACAGUAAUAUAGCCGCUCUGAUGCACCUAGCAGCAAAACCAGGAUGGGAAAUAACCGAUACACUGGAUGAUAUAAAAAUAUGGACUCGUGAGAAGGGUGAUGCGUUGUCACUCAAAGUUGAAAUGCAAGUCAAGAUACUAUCACAUCUAGCUUUCUCCCUUUUGUCUGACUUCACAUUCCGCCAACAAUGGGACAAACAUUUCUUAACUUGUGAGGUCCUGCAGGCUGUGAAUGAAGAUGAAAACAUAUAUUAUGUUACUUCUCUGCCCAUGACUGGCCGUAAACCCAUAGACUUUGUGAUUCUUGUGUCCCAAAGGGAGCCCUGUAAGCCAAGUGAACCCUACAUAGUAGCUGUGAAGUCAGUUACCCUCACGUCUAUGCCACCUUCUCCAGAAUACUGCAGAAAUGAAAUCUCUUGUGCCGGAUUCCAGAUCUACAGUGACAGCAACAGCUCCUGUAUGGUGUGUUACUUCAGUCAAAUGACAUCAGGUGUUAUGCCAUACUUAGCAGCAAAUCUUACUGGCUCAUCAAAAUCCAUUGAAGUCACUGCUCUGGAAUGUAUAAAGUUUUUGGAGAUGAAAGGCUGCAAGUACUGAAGUUAAA